UGGCCGGGUUAGAAGGAAACCUCCGCAACAGAAAUGCGUGUGUGCAGUAGCAUUAGUGCCUCGAGGGUUUCUGAUGAUUCGGGAAAAACCUGUUAUGGUCUCUGGGCGGCGGAGCAGAAGGCAACAAGCAGCACUCCGGUACACUCGUAGGUAAAAUUAUUCUCUUCUUUUCGUUCUGCGCUGCUGCUGGUGAGACCCUAACAACAAGCCAUCUUCUUUAAGGUGUGCCCGUGUGUCGUCCUACAACAAUUUCUAGUGAAAAUGUUUUUGUUUUUUUCGUUUUAAAGUUGAAAACAUCCGGUUCUAAUAACUAUACUACAUCGUCGACUGAAAACCUCAUCCGGUCUACAGCGCAGUAGGCAAAAGCUGAAUCGCUGAUGGCGUCUUCUUGGCUCACAACCGUCGCCUUCAUUUGGAUGACAACUUGCAUUGGUGCAGAGUUUCUGCGAGAUUGCCACACUACCGACGCCAAACCAUACAUUUAUUACGCAACGAAAACGCCGUACGAGCUCAUCAAUAACGAAGAUUCUUCGCCCAUUUUCGCCGCUGGUUGCAAGGCGGUCAUGUUUUGGAUGGUGGCACGUCACGGUACGCAAUACCCAUCGUCCCGUGAUGUUUUUCGCAUGAAAGAUCGCCUACCGAAAUUGCGUAAAACGAUUCUACAAAACCACAAAGAGCGCCGAGGGACUCUGUGCCAACAGGAUAUCGACGGAUUGAGCAACAACGGGAGUAUUCGGAUCGACGACGAUUUUGACGAGAAAUUGACCGCAACCGGAAGAGAAGAACUGCUCGUUUUGGCCCGUCGUUUCCGCGGACGCUUCGCCGAUUUCUUCAACGGCCAACCGGCUUUCAACACCCAAGACUACCACUUCCGUCACAUAGCCAGCUUGGCUUCGCAGUCGAGCGCCAGAUCCUUCUCCCGAGGGAUAUUCACCAACGGAGAUAUCCAAUUGAGCGAAGCGCCCGUGGGCGACAGGCUCGUUCACUUCUUUGAAAACUGCACCCGAUGGAGGGAGCAAGUCGAGGAAAAAGGAAUGUUGGAACAAGAGCUGACACUAUUCCGGCAAAGUGUCACGUUCCAGAACACUCUAGCUGACGUGACCACACGCCUUGGUUUCCAAUAUAAUAUGUCCUCUGAUGACAUGCUGAUGAUUUACGACAUAUGUCGCUACCAAAAAGCAUGGUAUUUGGAGCAAAUUUCGCCCUGGUGUGCAGCUUUUACAUCGGAGAAUCUUAAGGUCCUGGAAUUCGGCGAAGAUCUGGAAACGUAUCACAAACAGGGUUACGGACACGAACUCAAUUACCAUCAGGCAUGCCCUUUAGUCGAGGACUUGGUGACUCGAAUUAGAGCUUUCAAAGCUAAUAACGGAACAGAGAACCAGCAAAGAGGCGUGUUCUACUUUACUGAAGGCGAAGGGUUACUACGUUUCAUCGCUCGCAUGGGUUUAGCAAAAGACGAACAACCCUUGACGAAUGACAUGACGCCUUCGGCUGAGAGAAAGUGGAGGACGUCGCUGAUGGGUUCGUUCGCCGCCAACGUGGCCGUUGUCCUCUAUCGUUGUUCGGAUGACUAUAAAGUCCAGCUUUUCGUCAAAGAAGACGUCGUCCAUCUGGAUCAAUGCCAGAAUGCUUUGUGCACUUCUGCCGAAUUUCUUGACUACUUGGGCUCUGUAGCCGACAAUUGCGGUCGGGACGACGGAUGUAAUCCCAGUUCGGCAGUGAUGACUUACGCUUUAUCGCAACUAAUCGCCAUUUCCCUUCUCGUCAUUACCCACACUUUCUUGUGGUUUUAAAAAAUUGUUAUUUUAAUGAUCUUUCAUUGAUUUGUUUAAAAUGUGAAUUUCCGACAUCCCGCUCGUUAAUUUUUAGUUCAAGGCUUCCAAUUCACGUUAGUGUUAACACUGUGAGUCAGAAAAUGCGUUAAAAUCUGUGGAAAUGUACUGUACCAAAUACCUAGAAAAUAUUACCCAGCGUGAUCGCGAACGUUCGAUUUUACAUUCAAAAGCGAUGAUAUAAUCUCAAAAAGAAAGUACGGAGAUUUCAAUAAAUGUACAUUUUUUGACUA